AGCAAGAGGUUCUUCAGGGUUGCCAUGAGAACCAGGGAUCCGGGGAUUGGGCAGCAGAGGGCCCCCGCUGGGCCUCGGGGCGUGGCUGCGUCACAUGGGUUUGGUCCUGGGGUUCCCGUAGUGCGCAAGGACCAGCCGCGUCCCUCGUCCUCCCGGUCGUCAGGGGUGCCCAGUCAGUCCCCUGGAAGCUGAGGAGAGCGUUGGAGGACCAGGGACCGCUGCGGCUGCACAGGCCUCCUAGCACCUGUGCAAAGAUGGGGGACAAAGUGGGGCAGUCAUCUUCUAAACCCCAAAACCUAGCAAGGACUGGGUUUUCAUCGCAAUCAAGAAGCCAACCAGAGCAUGGUUUUGGGCUUCAACUGCUGAUGAACGAUAUUAACUCAUCCUUGGAAAGCCUUAACUCAGCUUGCAACAUGCAGUCCGACACUGAUACUGUGCCCCUUCUUCAGAAUGGCCAGCAUGCCAGCAGCCAGGCGGCAGCUUCCAGCUCUCGGGGUGUGCAGCCGCAGGCAUCCCCGAGGCAGAAAGUGCAGCGCUCGCAGCCUGUGCAUAUUCUGCCUAUCAGUGAGCUUUGGAUUUUUCAAAGGCGAAAAGGAAGGAGAGGCGACCCUGGGGAAGCGCCAAGAAGCACAGAGGAAACUCUGAAUCGGCGUGCCCAGGAAGAAGACCAGCAAUUCAGAACUUCAUCACUUCCGGCCAUCCCUAAUCCGUUUCCGGAACUCGCUGGUGGCCCUGGGAGCCCUCCUGUGGCUGCUCCCACUUCCGUACCUCCUCCGCCAAGCCAGCCCCCUACCAAGCAGGAUGUCAAAGUCUUUAGUGAAGAUGGGACAAGCAAAGUGGUGGAGAUUCUAACCGACAUGACAGCCAGGGACCUGUGCCAGUUGCUGGUUUACAAAAGUCACUGUGUGGAUGACAACAGCUGGACUCUGGUGGAGCACCACCCACAACUGGGAUUAGAGAGGUGCCUGGAGGACCAUGAGAUUGUGGUCCAAGUGGAAAGCACCAUGCCAAGUGAGAGUAAAUUCUUAUUCAGAAAGAACUAUGCGAAGUACGAGUUCUUUAAGAAUCCGGUGAACUUCUUCCCGGAUCAGAUGGUGACUUGGUGCCAGCAGUCCAAUGGCAGUCAGGCCCAGCUUCUGCAGAAUUUUCUGAACUCAAGCAGCUGUCCUGAGAUCCAAGGGUUCUUGCAGGUGAAGGAGCUAGGACGUAAGUCCUGGAAGAAGCUGUACGUGUGCCUGCGCAGAUCUGGCCUGUAUUACUCCACCAAGGGGACUUCAAAGGAACCCAGACACCUGCAGCUGCUGGCUGACCUGGAGGAAAGCAGCAUCUUCUAUCUGAUUGCUGGAAAGAAGCAGUACAAUGCCCCUAAUGAGCAUGGGAUGUGCAUUAAGCCAAACAAAGCGAAGAUCGAGAUGAAGGAGCUGCGUCUGCUUUGUGCCGAAGAUGAGCAGACCCGUACUUGCUGGAUGACAGCCUUCAGACUCCUCAAGUAUGGAAUGCUCCUGUACCAAAACUAUCGCAUCCCACAGCAGAGAAAGGCUUUGCUCUCACCUUUCAACACACCUGUGCGCAGUGUCUCUGAGAAUUCUCUCGUGGCAAUGGAUUUUUCUGGACAAACCGGAAGAGUGAUUGAUAAUCCAGCUGAAGCCCAAAGUGCUGCCCUGGAAGAGGGCCAUGCCUGGCGGAAGCGCAGCACAAGGAUGAAUAUUCUAAGCAGCCAAAGUCCCCUUCAUCCUUCAACCCUGAAUUCAGUGAUUCACAGGACUCAGCAUUGGUUUCAUGGACGUAUCUCCCGUGAGGAAUCUCACAGGAUCAUCAAGCAGCAAGGUCUCGUGGACGGGCUGUUCCUCCUUCGUGACAGCCAGAGCAAUCCAAAGGCGUUUGUACUGACACUGUGCCACCACCAGAAGAUUAAGAAUUUCCAGAUCUUGCCUUGCGAGGAUGAUGGGCAGACCUUCUUUACUCUGGAUGAUGGGAACACCAAGUUCUCCGAUCUGAUCCAGCUGGUCGACUUCUACCAGCUCAACAAAGGUGUUCUGCCCUGCAAGCUGAAGCACCACUGCAUCCGCGUGGCCUUAUGACCUCCCUGCCUUCUCACAGAGGCUGGAGGCAGCAACACUGGAACGGAGAAGAGAGGCCUGCAUGAGGGUGAGAACACACAUCUACUCCCACCCAAGGACUCAGAACAACAUGGCUUUUUGAUCGGUACCAACCGACCAUCAUCAAUUAGUUAUUGGACUUCACAAAGAUUUGCCGCUGCGGGUCAAGCAGGACCACCUCCCUCUGCGUCAGCCAUUUAAAAUUGGGGGAGGGGUGAGAUCCAGUGCAAGUGUGGGAAGAAACUGGAAUGACGAUUUUGAUUAGGCCACGUAGGGUGAAAAACCGCAGAAAAGUAAUUGGAAAUGAACUCUUGCCCUGGAAUAAUCUUGACAAUUAAAACCGCGAUGUUUACUUUUUUGUAUUGAUCACUUUUUUGCACUCCUUCUUCGUUGUCAAUGUUGUACUCAGCCUAUGGUAGGAGAGGAUGUGGCUUCGCAACCCAGAUGAGACAAAGAAUUUUUGAAUUGGCAGGCUUCAGCCUAUAUAAAUGGGUCCCCCCAAAGUUUUCUAGAGGGCAUCCUGCUGGCUGCAGGCUGUGACAGUGUGGAUUUGGCUCCUACAUUAUAGACACCCCAGUCCUCCCCAUUAUACUUGAAAAGCGCUUUUUUUUUUUUCCUAAAAAAAUAAAAUGAUAAAACAAAAGGUGUCGGCUGCUGUUGACACCAAGCAUGUUCUGUGGACUCAGUCAAGCUGCCACAGUCUGGUCAUCACUGUUGUUGUGCUGACGUCUGGUCAUUUAUUAUUAGUGUGUCUCGUUCUCCACAGUGCAGGAGACCUCAUUACUUUGGAAAACUCACUGUUCCCCAGCACAGCACAGCUGCAUGGCCUCAGCUUUAGACUGAUGUCAGCCAGCCCUUCUUGGAACACAUUGGUAUUCAUUGUGGGUGCCACCUAGUCCAUCUGGGGUGCCCUGUGCCUCACAUUGUCACAGCCGCCCACUGUUGUAGAGGAAUUGCUGCCUUUGCUCUCUGCAGUAGCCUCAGUCAUUUCAGUUCUCCCACAGGGGUGGGAGUG